AUGCCUAAAGAUAAACAAUCAUUGUCUACACGACUUAAAUCUUUAAUUUCUGAGUUUGGUGAAGAUGUGUUUUCCAUAGAUAAUGUUGUUUUAUUUUGUAAACAUUGCGAAGUUAAAGUUGAUCCCGAAGGACGAUCCAGUAUUACACAACACAUAAGAACAGAAAAACAUCGUCGCGCUAUAGAUCGUCAAUUAAAUCAAAAAACUCAAAACAGCCAACAACUAUUAACAAAUCUAACGUCGAAAAAAUCAACUUUUAAUAUGGAUUUAUGCAGAACAUUGAUAUCAGCUAAUAUACCACUGAACAAGUUACAAAAUACAGAGUUUCGUAAAUUUUUACAGUUAUACACCUAA